CCUACGUUCUCAUUGGCACUGGAGCCGUCAUCAUCCUCCUGGGCACCUUCGGCUGCUUCGCCACCUGUCGGGCCAGCACCUGGAUGCUGAAACUGUACGCGAUGUUCUUGUCUCUCAUCUUCCUGAUUGAGCUGAUUGCUGCCAUAGUUGGACUGGUUUUCAGGCAUGAGAUUCGGAGCACCUUCGAAAAUGGUUACAUGGACGCAUUGAAGAAGUACAACUCUACGGGGGAUGACCAGAGCCGAGCUGUGGACACCAUUCAGAGGACGCUCAUGUGUUGCGGAGUGAAGACGUACACUGACUGGGGACAGACCGCGUAUUACAAGACCAGCGGCAUCCCGCAAAGCUGCUGUAAGGUCCAAGUAAACUGCACGGAGGAAAUGCUGAAGGACUUGGUCAAGGCGAAGGAUGUCGUAUACAAUGAUGGCUGUAUGUCUUUUGUCACCAUCAUCAUGGAGUCACGGAUGGGCGUGGUAGCUGGGAUUUCAUUUGGCAUAGCCUGCUUCCAGCUCAUAGGGAUGUUCCUGGCUUGCUGUCUAUCGCGCUACAUUACCAACAACCAGUAUGAGAUGGUGUAAAUCUCAUAUUUUAGGAUAUAAGGGAAUAAUUCUGUGAAUCCUUGGACACUUAUGACCACACCAACCCUCAGAGAAGAGUGUUUCCACAUCGCC